AUGGAGCCUGCCAUCCGGGGCGGCUUCCUCCAUCUGCCCGGCGUGGGCGCGGUGCUGCAGGACGGCAUCAUUAGGGUGGCCCAGGCCAGGCUCCUGGCAGGCUGGCCCCGCCCCCGGCCCGCCCCGGCCCGAGCCUCCUCCGGCCACUGCUGGGCCGCGGGCGGGACGCCCGGGGCGGCGCGCGGAGGAGGAAGCGCGCCCUCCGCGGCCCGGGACCUGCCCAGACGCCGGGCGGGCCCGCCGAGCGCCGCGGCCCCAUUUCCCAGGUGUGCGGGGCCGGGGCGCAUCCCGAGCCGCGCGGCUCCUCCCGCUCGGCCCCCACCCCGCCCCGGGGGCCCCGCCGCGCCCCCUCCACGCCCCCCGCGAGCCCCGCCGGCCGCGCGCUCAUGCCCUGAGCUCGCCGCCCGCGGGCUCUGCGCCCCGGCCGGGGCCGCCCUGGCAACUUGGGGCGAGGCGCGCGGGCGAUGCGCCAUCGCCAUGUCCCGCCUGAGCUCGUGGCUCGGUGAGGUCCAGUGGCUGGUCUUGGUGUCGCUCUUCGUCGCGGCCCUGGGCACCGUGGGCCUGUACCUGGCGCAGUGGGCGCGGGCCAGGGCGCGACCCCGGGCCCCGCGGCGGGCUGCAGAGCCUGGCGAGGGCCGGCGCCCCGAGGGCGACGCGCUGCUCGCCUGGAUCCUGACGCUGCACAGCUGGAGGAGCCAGUGGCAGGCCGCCUGGGUGACCGCCCUGAAUGAUGAGGCCAGACGGAAAGGGGGCCCGCUGCUCCUGUCUUUCCAGGAGGACCCGCUGCAGCAGCCCCUGGAGCUGGCGGUGCAGCAAGUCUCCAGUGUGGCCAGGUCAGCCCGCGAAAAGAUCGUGUCUUGUCACGUGGUGGGUGAGGCCAUUCAGUUCCUGGUCGGCGCGGGGCCCGCGUCCCCUGAAGACACGGGGCGCCAGCUGUAUGGCGCGCGGCUCUCCCCAUUUCAUCUGCAGCUGGAGCUCCACAUGAAAGAGAAGAAGGAGGACAUCCAGAUCAAGUGGUCCUUCAUCCACGCUGCGGAAACGGCCGUCACCGUCCAGUCCAGAGCCCCGGUGCAGGACCGGGUGGCGGAGACUGAUGCGGUGUCCGAAAGCCUCAAGGACAUCCUGAAGCGCCUGGUUACUUCUGUGACCCCGUCGGUGGUCCUGAGCACCAAGCCUGUGGACGUCAGGGAAAUUCAGCGCGCUUCAUCUGCUCCUCAGGAAUCCUGCCCUCCCAAACCUCCAAGGGCUCACGAACUCAAAUUAUUGGUGAAGAACAUCCGAGCCUCGCUGCUGAACGAUCCUGGUGCUUCAGGCAACGUUAGGCCACAGUGUGUGGUCCGGCUGAACGAGCCCGUUCAGAAGUUCAGCGCCCUCGCGAAAACCACGACCGAGCUCGCCUGGGAAGAAGAAUUCACCUUUGAGUUGAAUGUCAAGUCGAAGGAGUUGCACCUGCAGAUUUCAGGGGAUGAGCGAUCCUCAGAAGCUCUCUUGGCAAUGACGGCCAUUCCUUUGGAUUUAUUCAAGAAGCAGCCCUCUGGGCCCCAGAGCUUUACACUGACCGGCGGGUCCUCCUUUGGCGGCUCAGUGUUGGGUUCGGUCACUGCGGAGUUUUCUUACGUAGAACCCAGCGAAGCGAAAUCCUGGCAGACGCCUUCACCUGCUCCCGCUGCAAAGGUAGAAAAAGAUCGCACGGUGAUGCCGUGUGGGACUGUGGUCACUACUGUCACUGCCGUGAAAACCAAGCCUCGCUUCGACGCCGGGAGGGCGUCCCCGCUGAGCUCUGAGUCUCCCGUGAAGACGCCUGUCAAAGUGAAGGUCAUUGAGAAGGACAUCUCUGUCCAAGCCAUCUCCUGCCACGGCGCUCCCGUCAGCAAGACAUUUUCGUCUUCGGACACAGAGCUGCUGGUGCUCAAUGGCUCGGACCCCGUGGCGGAAGUCGCCAUCCGCCAGCUCAGCGAGUCCUCAAAGCUGAAGGUCAAGUCGCCGCGCAAGAAGAGCACCAUCAUCAUAUCAGGGAUCUCCAAGACCUCACUAUCUCAGGACAAUGCUGCUGCCAUGAUGCUGGACUACUCGGCCUCCCUGGACAGCGCCCGCCAGGAGGACACCCCGUCCCUUCUGGGCGCAGCUGCAGCCUCUGCACCACCCGAGGAGGAAGAGGCCUCGGCCCCGCUGGCCCCGGAGCCCCAGGAGCCCCAGGAGCCCCAGGAGCCCCAGGAGAGCGAGCUGGACUCCUGGGACUUGGACAAGGAGUCACAGGCGUCAGCGUGGGGCAGCCAGGCCCCACUGGACCCUGAUGGGGACGAGCUGUCUGAGAGCUCCCUGAGCGUGUCGGAGCCGGGUGCCACCAAGAAGCAUAAAGGAGGCAUUUUAAGGAAAGGCGCGAAGCUGUUCUUCCGCCGGCGGCAUCAGCAGAAGGACCCUGGCAUGAGCCAGUCGCACAAUGACCUCGUGUUCCUGCAGCAGCCGGAGGGAGCCCGGAGGAAGGGGGUGACGCUCACCAGGAUCCUGAACAGGAAGCUGCUCUCCAGGCACAGAAGCAAGAGCGCCGUGAACGGGGCCCCGGUGGACCACGAGGCCGGCGGCCUGCUGCACCCGGAUGCUGGAAGGCGCGGGCCCACCUAGCCGCCCGCCGGCCUGCCGGCCCUAGCUGGGGUUCCCCCGACAAGUUCAUCUCCUAGAGGGGAAUGAGAACCUGAGUCUCGGGCCAGGAGGUUCCCCCCAGAGAAAACUGACAAAGGCCGCUUUGCCACCCGAUGCCAAAGGAGACCCGAAGGCGCUGCCCCGUGGGCUGUGCUCACAUCUCAGAGCUCAAGUCAAAUGUUAGAAAAAGAUUUACGUUAUGAACUAAAGAACAUCCCGUGAUGGACGGUGAUGGGGCAGGUUUGGGGGACUCGAUGGGACCCACCCAGUGCUCGGACACCUGUUACCGUGGGUCCGCGCCUGGACCGCGUCGCAAGGCUGGGGUGGGUGUCCCUCUGUGCUGUCGCUGUGAACGCAACGGGUGGGUCACCUGUCCUCACCGGCUGCUCGGAAUAGGGGUGCAGCUGGCUCUGAGUACAGAGAGGUGGGACACAGGAUUUGGGGUCGAUGGAGAAAUUAUGGUGGUAACGGAGACGGUGUGACUGAGGUAGGACGAUGGUUGCCUUCGACAUUAGCCAUAUAACUUGAAACCGUAUGCAAACACUAAAUCUAUGCUGUGCACACUACGCUGAGCGCUCUGUACGUUUACUUUGAGCCUGUUUGCAAGUGGGAGCUCUAUCACUUCCUCUGUGCUUUUAACAUUUUUCUCUACAGCGUCAGAAGCGCCUCAUGAUCCCAGUGGAGCCGUCGACACGGGGCUUCCCCCCCCAACCCCCCGCUGGCAUACUCAAGUGUGCAGGGGGCCUCCCAAGUACAGCUAGGAGCAGUAAGUGACAGCCCAGCACGGCGACCAUGCGCACGCACACACACACACACACACACACACACACACACACGGGUUUCCUUUAGGACACGGCUGGUUUGCCAAACGUUGCGAGCGGCCGAAACAAAGUACACUGAGGACAAAAGAGAAAAUUAGCGGAGGUCUGGAGGUCUCAGGUACGAGGUGUGAGCCUUAGGGAUGGGCCAAGCUUUGCAUCACACUCCUUUAGGGGGCUCUGGAGAAUUCUGCUGUGUCCCAGGGGGCUUGACACGUCUUGGGGUGUCCUUGCCUUGCUUGCCCGUGGGGACAGGAAAAAGAAAAACGUGGCCCGCUGCAUGCCCAUCCGCGUGCCCUUCACACCACGUUCCUGGUCCACCCGCCUCUCCGUGUGUGCCCGUGCCGCCCGGAGGCCCCGCCUCGAGGGCCGUGGUCGUUCGUGUGAAAAGUUUUGAUGCUUUACCAAGAGUCACUUUUUCCCAGGAAGAUUUGAAAGCCCGUUAUGAAGCCUGACUUCUAUCACGGACACGGAAUCCGGGGAGCUCCUUCCCACAAGCAUGUUUGUCGACCCUUAAAUUAUCUAUUUCGGGGGCCGUGGAGCCACUGCCAAACAAAAACCUUCAUGCAAACAGAAUCCCCCUCACCCCUUCAUCUUGAGGGAACAAAUUCUCAGACGACAUUAAGAAUCUCACUUUGCAAGACACGUUUAGAAAUCCCUUGGCGUCCCCGGAAUUACCAGGUGAUGGUAAUUCCGUAAAAACCUGUUUUUACGGUGGACGUCCUGAGUUUCGUCAGUGUGACACCGCACCGGGCAUUCCGACAUCUAAUAACCACGUCAGUCCCUGCGGGUUCGUAGUCACUACUAGUCUUUUUUGGAACACAUCUGGUCACUCCUAUUUUACCGGGAGGAUUGCUGCCCUUGGGACACUGGAGAAUUAAUUCUACGGGGAUGUGGGGCGUCAGAAUUUCAGGCACCUGAGCAGGACUAAUUCUUAGCACAGUCUUUUGCUUGACUGUGACGUUUGGAUCAACUCGAUUUACUCAAUGUGACGAUAUCAGGGUUUUACUUGGGAGCUCUCUCACUCUCAAAAAUAAUAAUAAUAAUAAUAAUAAUAAUAAUGUCUCCGCCAUUCCCAUUUCCAACGGGCCCCGUGAGCCUUUUGCUCCCUGCUGGAUGCUUUGGUCAAGGGCUCUUGCUAUCUCAACUUCCCGAUGACCUGAGGCCUCAUCCGGGUCCCGUGCAAGCGGCAGGUGGGCUGAGUGUCCCGCGUGCAAGAGCCAGAGGCGUCAAGGAGAUCGUGUUUCUGUGCAUCUGUCGGGCACACGUCGGCAGCUCUGUACCUUUGCGUAGGACCCCGGAGCCCCUCCUCGAGAUGCACACACACGUUUUCUCCAUCUGGGGGCCUCUUCUGAAGUCAGCGGACGGGGACGAAGCAGGGAGCUCACGAGCUGAGCAUGAAGGGUGCGUGCACGCGGCACCGAGAGAUCACGGGCCUGCGGAUCCUGCGAGUGCCGCCCUCCUGGCCGUUGACCCCGACCGGUGCCUGUGCGGUUGGGGGUCUCCGCGGCAAGGACACGUCACGAUCCACCAGAUGCCACGCACGCCAGCCUGCAGAUCACCUCAUUCCCUUGCCUUUCCGUGUGUGUGAGUGGCCGCGGGGCUUUUUUUGUUUCGCCGUCACGAUAUUUUUGCAGGGCAGUGUUGCAAAGUGAGGUCUCCCGAACGCUAAUAGGAGCGUGUGUCUGUCUGCGCGGCUGGGACCGGGCCUCACGUGGGCGGUCGCGAGCUCUGUGUUCAAGGACGUGCCUGGGUUCUUUGCAGAGAAAGUUGAGGGAGCUUCAAGGGUGUGUGUGUGUCAUUAACGUAGCAAUAAAAAGCACUGAUCUCCUUGUCCCUCCUUGUCCCGUUGGAAACCCGCUGUGAAGAAGGAGGUUUAGACGAGCACUUUAUUUAAAUCAACUCUCAAGCGUAAGCUGCAAGCCGGCCCUUGAUCCCAUGCCCCAUAGCUCCUUGUCCACCAGUCACGAAUUUGGUGCCUGUUUAGGGUUUUGAUGGGUUUUACCAGCUGCGUCUAUAGAAGAGAGUUGCAGAUUUUCUUCUCCAGCAGAAAGUGACAACUUAUGUCGCUGCCACCAGUUGCAGGGCUUUUCCCAGGAAUAGGCCCAUAGCUCCCGGUCUUGAUAGCUCAGAGCACAGGCUGGGGGCCGCUGGGUGCGAUGCCGGUCUCGCGCGGGCGUGGGCUCGGUGCCAGGCCCUCCGUCCGCUGCCUUGCACCUGCUCAGGCCCCACUACCAAAGUGGCAUGGACACACUGGCGCCGCUGUGUUCUUGCAAGGCAAACUCAGGUCCCCUCCGGGCCGUUCCUUUCAGCAUCCCUGUUGUACGUGGGAGGGGGCAUCAGGAAAACCUCGACCCGCUCAGGUCACCCGGCUUCCCACUGACAGAUUAGCCUCGUAGGGUUUCCCUCCCUUGCCUCCCAAUGUCACUUCAAAGCUACAUUUAAAAAAAAAAAAAAAAAAAAAAGGAAAGGGUUUCCUGGGUAUGGGGGCAGGUCUGGCCUGACGAUCGGGUGUGGUGACGAACGUGCCGGACAGCGAUCAUAUUGCUUGGUAGCACUUUAAACACAGAUCCCGCUCCUAUACUAAACUGUGGAAGAUGUGGCCGCCACGGGAACGGUCUUUGAAAGAAAUAAACGUGCACGUGGAACACGAAA